AAUAAUAAUAAUAAUAAUAAUAAUAAUAAUAAUAAUAAUAAUAAUAAUAAUAAUAAUAAUAAUAAUAAUAAUAAUAAUAAUAAUAAUAAUAAUAAUAAUAAUAAUAAUAAUAAUAAUAAUAAUAAUAAUAAUAAUAAUAAUAAUAAUAAUAAUAAUAAUAAUAAUAAUAAUAAUAAUAAUAAUAAUAAUAAUAAUAAUAAUAAUAAUAAUAAUAAUAAUAAUAAUAAUAAUAAUAAUAAUAAUAAUAAUAAUAAUAAUAAUAAUAAUAAUAAUAAUAAUAAUAAUAAUAAUAAUAAUAAUAAUAAUAAUAAUAAUAAUAAUAAUAAUAAUAAUAAUAAUAAUAAUAAUAAUAAUAAUAAUAAUAAUAAUAAUAAUAAUAAUAAUAAUAAUAAUAAUAAUAAUAAUAAUAAUAAUAAUAAUAAUAAUAAUAAUAAUAAUAAUAAUAAUAAUAAUAAUAAUAAUAAUAAUAAUAAUAAUAAUAAUAAUAUUAAUAAUAAUAAUAAUAAUAAUAAUAAUAAUAAUAAUAAUAAUAAUAAUAAUAAUAAUAAUAAUAAUAAUAAAAAUAAUAAUAAUAAUAACUAA